AUGUUUAGUUCGCUUGUGAUAUUUUUCAUUCCGUACGGUACCUUACUGAAUGGAGUGUCUUCUAAUGGGAAAGACCUGGACGACUAUUCAACACUUGCAUUUACCACCUUCACUGCCCUUAUCGUGGUGGUCACAGGGCAAAUCGCUUUUGACACGGCCUAUUGGACUGGGAUCAGUCAUUUUGUCAUUUGGGGAUCGUUGAUAUUUUAUUUGUUGGUGGCAUUUCUCAUCUACGAAGGUGGAGAUUAG